CCGGGCAGUCGGCACCGUUAUCCACGCAUGCACGCUUUCGCCCCGAACCGUGUGAAGGUAUGCCGUUGCAAUAAACACCACCGCGAUCGCUAGCGGAAUCCAAGAAUGGACCGAAGCCUGAGAAAUACACCCGAUGAACAAUGAUACAGAAAGUUCCCCGCAGGAGCCGCCUGCCAAAAAGCAACGAACCCUAGCUUGUCAGCGAUGCCGCUAUCGGAAACAGAAGUGCGAAGACAGCCGACCGUGCCAGAAUUGCAUCAAGGGAGAUGAAGAAUGCCUUCCUACGCAGCCUGCGCCUCGGCCGCAUGUUGAGAGCGAAUAUGUGCGCAUCUUGGAAGAGCGUGUGGCUGAGCUUGAGGCUCGAGACCCGCAGCAGAGCCUUGAUCACCUAGCAAGGACCCAGAACAGGCCUGAUCACGACAUACAUGACACGUCCCCAGCAAGCAGUGGGUUGCCGGGUGAUGGGGCCACAGGAGGAGGCGCCGCCCAUUCAGUUCAACAGGUCUUACCGCCGCGGCGGUCCUCUAUGCUUUCCGGCUCAUCUUCGGGUUAUGCAAUUGCUUCGGGUACGGACGAAGAGCCGGACUUGAAUCACCUCAUCUUUGGGCUCAUUGCAUCACCCUCAGCGCAAUUUUCAGCUCAAGAUGUUUCUCGUACCUCAACAAUCUCACGACCGGCACAAGUCGAAGUGAACAGCGCACACACGCUGUUGACCAGCAUUUCUCCGGAACUCGAGGAAUCAUUACUCAACGCGUAUCGCGAACGCGCUCAAGCCCAGUAUCCCUUUUUCCAUUGGGACACCUUCCUGACGUGGCAGUCGGAGUGGAAGCACUGCUCGCUCUGCGACCUUGAAGACCGAGCCUGGCAAGGGUUUUUCAUCAACCUUGUGUACGCGACAUCUUUAGUUCUGUUGCGACAGCCGUAUGUGGCGAUGCUCAAUGUUCGCGAAUUUUACGAUACUGGAAUCGCACUCCUGCCGGCUGUGCUACGUCAACCAGAUAGAAUUCUCCAAGUGCAGGCAUAUUUACUGCUAUCCGUUCACGCACUACACCAGAGCUCCACGGAACGUAUCAUUUCUCUCGCUUCCACAGCUAUACGGCAAUGCGUUCUGCAACAAUUACAUCUCGGCGAGACGGAGCCACCACCAACCGACGUUAAUGCCCGCCUAAUAAUUCAAAUCCGUCGACGAUGCUUCUGGUGCGCGUACCUUCUUGAUCGAUUAGUCAUGUCAUCUUUCGAUCUCCCUCCAUCUGUCCCGGACUACAUGAUAACCGUGAAGCCUUUCGCUAACAUCGAGGACCACGACCUGUUAGGAGCCGCUGCCAUCACGCCGCCUAAUUUUGACUUGACUGAUUCUCAGAACUACACGUGUAAUUCUUCAGCGCUUCAUAUACUGCAGUGCAGGCGUAUACAGUCCGAAAUAAGCGCUGUCACGCUUCGAUGGGAUUAUGAUGCUCAAUUUGAGAACAGUUCAGAUUGGCGCAUAAGAAUCCUUGCGGAGUUAGAGAACUUCAAAUCCCGGGUACAAAACUUUUCAGAUCCGCAGUCGAAAGGUUACACAUCACAGCGUUGGCAAGCGAUGAUCUACCACUACACGCUACUCAUGCUAUAUCGACCGACGAAAGUCAAUGUAAUAGGAUCUGCUGGCGAUUGGUCGGUUCAAGCUAGUAGCCAGGCUUGCUUAAUGUUUCGAAGGACUCAGAUUGAUCGUCAAAUUGCUCAGCCAUGGCUUGCACUUCUCGUUCAAUUCCAGUCCGGUAUCACACUCUUGUACUGCUUCUGGGCCACCCCACCGGAACAUAGAACCGAUAAUUACUACUCGCUCGACGUUUCUGACGCGCUCCGCGCCUGCUCCAACAUCCUAGCGAUAAUGGCAGACAGGUGGGCAAAGGCAGAGUGCCUGCGAGAUGUCUUCGAACUACUGGCGCGCGAGAUUCCGCUAGUCGACCGACCCAACAAGCUGCCGACUCGGCUGUCAGACAAGACCGUUACGGCGAUUCGAACGCACCUUCCGCAGGUUCGCGCACUAGUAGUGCAUCGCCCGGUGUUGCGCAUGAUUGAUGAAAUGAUAGGUGAAGAUUUUCCUCGCUCUACGCAACCUUCCCAGCUACCAGCGAUUCGUGGCAUGCUUGCCCCGAUUCACCAGGAACCUGAGGAACACUUCAACAAUCAGCUACAGCAGAUCAACGGAAACUUCCAGAUGCCAUUUGCCAUGCAGCAGCCAUUUGAGUACGGAAAUGCAGAUUCUGGGCUUGAGGAUCUGGCUGUCGACGGCCUACUCUCGUUCCCUGGUGUGUUUGACUUCGAGGGCUGGACAUGACAGGUCGACGAAAGGAGAUGUCAUUGGGACUAGU